GGUUUAGCGUCGUCAACCCGAAAGACCUAUUCGUCAGCUCAACGCGCCUUCUUACGUUUUUGUGAAGGAGCUAAGCUAAUGAACUCGCGUGGUUCUCUUUUGCCUGCUGAAGAAUGGACCCUUUGCCUGUUUGCGACAUGGCUGGCUGACGAUUUAAAAGCAGCGUCGAUUAAAGUGUAUUUGUCUGCCGUUCGAGCUCUUCACAUAGAACAGGGUUUUCCAGAUCCGUUGAGUGGUUGCUUACGUCUACAACGAGUUUUAAAGGGCAUUAAACGCUGUCAAGGUUCUUCCUCUGACAAGAGACUCCCAGUCACCUCAGCAAUCCUCCGUGCUAUAUACAGUCAUCUCGAUCUCUCACAGUAUGAUGAUGUUAUGUUUUGGGCGGCCUGCUGUCUAGCCUAUUUCGGGUUCUUACGUUCAUCCGAAUUUACUGUCCCGAAUGGUGCCACGUUCUCGCAAGCCUUACAUCUCUCCGUCCACGACAUCGCUGCUGACCAACGGGUGGCUCCUUCUAGGAUCCAAGUGAACAUUAAAGUGUCCAAAACUGAUCCUUUCCGUCAAGGUUGUAUCCUCACGUUGGGACAAGGCCGCUCCCCUUUGUGCCCGGUGGAAGCGAUGCUGAAUUUCCUGGAACUACGAGGCGGCUCGGCUGGUCCAUUGUUCGUUAGGUCAAAUGGUGUUCCUUUGACUAGGACCUAUUUAUCGGAACGGUUACGUCGGUUGCUAAGCGAUGCGGGAAUUCCUGGCAAUUUUAGCAGUCACAGUUUUCGCAUUGGUGCUGCAACGUCCGCCGCUUUGGCAGGUGUUCCCGAUCACCUGAUCCAAACAUUAGGACGGUGGUCCAGCUCCGCGUACUUGACAUACAUUCGGACACCACGUCGCUUGUUAUCCAAUUUAACGAAGAGUUUAUGUUAA